AGGAACUGAAGGAGGAUCUGCUGCAGCUCCAUCUGAAGGUGACCAUCAUGAAGCUCCUCUGAUCCAAUCAGCUGUCCUCGUUCCUGAUUGCUCGAUUGUACGAUGAGCUCCGCCUUCUCUCAGUCGCUCUUCGACCGUUUCGCUGCGUCGCCCCCUGCUGGCCGGGAGGACCGGAGCAGAACUCAGCACUCCGAGUCUCUGUCCGCCUCCGUCCCCUUCCUGUUCUACCCCCCCGCUGUGGACCCCGCUGCCCUCAGCCUGUACAAGGGCCCCCUGAGGGGUCCCGCCGGCAUCCUGCCCUACCUGUCCCCCUUCCACCACCAUGGGCACUUCAGCGUCUAUGAGUGUCCGUUCGAGCCGGCGUUCAUCCAGAAGCGUAACGAGCGCGAGCGGCAGCGCGUCAAGUGCGUGAACCAGGGCUACGCAAAGCUGCGGGACCACCUGCCGGGCCACAGCGCCGACAAGAGGCUCAGCAAGGUGGAGACGCUGCGCGCCGCCAUCAGGUACAUCAAGUACCUGCAGAGACUGGUGGACAUGGAGGAAGAUGGGCGUGAAGGGGCGGAGCCAGGCAGUGGGACGUCUUCUGGCCCGGACAGGGGUGGAGAGAUGCAGGCGUGUUGAACGGCCCGUUCACCUGGACGACCAAUCAGAGCGCAGAGGGAUGACGUCAGCGACUCUAGAUUGUAAACCUCCAGAGGACAGAUUCUAAAUGGACAGCGCCACCUGCAGUUUGUUCCUGAAAGUCUGAUGGGAAAAACAAAACAAAACAACAACAAAAAAAACCUUGAAAAAUUCAAGAUGGCGACCAUUUUUCAAGAUGGUUGCCAUGAAAAAUAACUUUUUGCACUAAAAUUGAAAUCACCGUGUUUGGUGUCAGAUCUCAACCUACAUAUUAUGAUCCAUAGAAAUCGGACAUAUUUUCUUGAGUUUAUGUUUGCUUUUUCAAAAUGGCUGCCAUAAUUUUAAUGGAGAAAAUAUGUUUGCACUUAAAUUGGAAGAAGUAAUUACCAGUGAUGGGCACACCUAACCAAAGAGUUAGCUUCACUAACCACUGAUUUGAUUAGCAAGAGUCUUAGCUUCACUAGUGCUAAACACAUGUAAAAAACAAGCUAAUGCUACUAGCUAAUGCCAAACACAUUAAACAUUAACCAUUAAGAUGACUGUCUCAGUUGUGAUACUCGCUAACAGCAAAGUCCUAAGUUUCUGCUUUUACUAUAUUAUUACUUUACAGUUGUAUAAAUAUGAUUAUCAAAAUGAAAACAUGUCAUGCAAUAUAAAACUCAUUAAAGUCAUGAAAAUGGGGAACAUUUUAUGGUAAUUAGUUUAA